CUGAAGCGCGGCCCCGGGAGCUGCGCGCAACAGAUGUCUGCUGAGAUCUGUGUGGAGAGGAGGGCGCCAAAUAGGAAGGACGGCAGAUGUGCGUCUGACAACAAACCAGGAACCACUGCACUCGUCCUCCUCUGUAUACCUAGGAGUCCUUGACCUGUCGGCCCUUUUCUCAUUCAGGCCGAAGAUCCCAGUAACAGGACGAGGACACAAAGUCUGACAGUAAGAUCCAGAGCUGUCCUAGCUCAGCUAGCUAACUGGAGCUAAGCUAAGCUGACCAGCCCUACUUUUUUAUGUUGGAGUUAACUUUAUGAGCAAAUAGCAGUGCGCCUGGUAUUCGGCUUCAUUUCUUGUUGUGCCACAGCAAAAACAAACAUGGAGACAAACGGUGUGAGCAUAUGGCCACGCAUGGAACCGUUCCUACUUGGUGCCCUACAGGUGGCACCAUCCUCCAAGCUAAACCUACACUAUCUUCGAAAGAUGGCUAUCUACGUGCGAACAAGGAAUGGCUGCUUCCCCAUCCUGAGCUGGCCCAUGUGGAGGCAUAUCGCCUGUGGAAAGUUGCAGCUUCCAGAAGACCUUGCGUGGCUCUACUUUGAGACCUAUGACCUUCUGAUAGGUCAUACACCAGAGGAGAGGCUGGAGUGGGCUGAAUGUCUUUCCCAGUGUUCUACUAAAAGUGAGCUGGACCAGCAGAGGAACAAGUUGUCUGUGGACACUCUGCAGUUCCUCCUUUUCCUCUACAUUCAGCAGCUGAACCGCGUGUCUCUGCGCACCUCUCUGAUUGGGGAAGAGUGGCCCAGCCAUCGCACUCGCUCCCCGUCUCCAUCAGACAGAGAGUCGAAGACUAGCUAUCAAAACAAGAAUUGGGAUGAUCAGGCUCACCUGUCCUUCGUGCAAAGCCAUCUGGCAGAGAUUUUGGAGCUGCUAGUGGAGCCUGGUCAACUGUCGCAAUCUGGACAGGCCCUAAGAGACUGCCAGGUAUCCCUGGACGCUGUGCGGAGCUUGGGUCUGCUUCUGGAGGGCUCAGUUUGCCAAGGAAAAGCUGUUCAGCCCAUUCACCGGCUGCUGACCAAAGGUCCACUCCAAACACAAGCUGGCUACUCCUCGCUCACCCGUUCCUUCCCCCUGCACAAUCUUCUCUCCUGCCUCCAGCGCAGCCUCACUCUGAAUCCCUUUGGAAUAACUGCCUGUCUCCAUUCGGGCAAGAAGCUCGCUUGGGCUCAGCAAGUGGAAGGGGCCAUGAAGAGAGCCAAGAUAGCCAGGAACACCCACAUGGCACCACCUGGUAGUAAAAUGGUGCUGAUGUCCCAAGUCUUAAAACAGACCCUGGCUAAAACUUCAGACAAGCUGACUGGUGCCAACAUUAAAAUCCAUAGAUGUGCUGAUGCCUUCAUAUACCUUCUCUCACCUCUCAGAUCAGUCAGUGUGGACAAAUGCCGUGACAGCACUGUGGUUCUGGGUCCCGUUGAGACCAGCGUCCACAUCCACAGCUGCCAGAAUGUGCGGGUGGUGUGCAUGGCCGGCCGAAUUGUUAUUGGAACUUCCUCACGUUGCACCAUCCAUGCCCUUACGCCCACACGCCCGUUGCUACUGCCGGGAAACAUGGACAUUACUCUAGGUCCUUUCCACACUUUCUACCCUUCCUUGGAGGAUCACAUGGCCAGCGUGGGGCUGGCGGUUGUCCCUAAUCUCUGGGAUCAGCCCUUACUACUGGUGACCGAGGGCCUUGCCAGCCACUCACUCAAUACGUUGUCCAGCCCAGACCCCUCCUGCUACCGCUUGCUGCCACCAUCAGAGUUCCACACACUGGUCGUGCCUUUUCAGAUGGAGGGAGACACGUGUGAGGUGCCCGGUGGUCUGCCUCCUUCAUACCAGGCAGCUCUGGACGAAAAGAAGAGGAGGAUACAGAACUGGCAGAAGACUGUGAUAGAGGCCCGGCUGAGCAAGGAGCAGAAGCAACAGUUCCAGGAAUUGGUGGAAAUGAAGUUUCAUGAGUGGCUUCUGGAAACGAGUCACAGGCAGGAACUGGACAGCCUAAUCCCACCCACAAUAGCCUCUGUAAAGGACUCUGAUGGGGCAGGAGCAGACACCAACCAAGUUAAUGAUCCCAAACAUAUGAGGACUGGACAGGCAGUGGGACAGUCAUCCAUGGCGUGUUGAAUUUUACUGUUUGCUUUUUUUGCCAGCAGAAUAAUUGCACCUGUAAAUUAAGGCAGCAUGGCCGUUUGCACAUGCAGGUUACAUAUGGUCUUCUUCUCAUACGGUGCUGCUGUGAGUUCUUGCUGCUGGUUAAGCUUUUCCAGCAGCUUACAGUUGUGUCCAGGGUCACAGUUCCUUCUUGAGAAAAGGCAGCUAAAUGUUUGACAUGUCUAAAGUGGGAGUGAAUUGGCUUGUUAUCAAACAACAUCAUGUGCCACACACACUCUGUAAAGAUGAGGCAUGUGUGAAGUCGCCACAUGCUUUAAAGAGACAUUUUCCUGCUUAUUGUCUUCUUCAGAGUGAGGAUGAGGAGGAACAAACCAGGCACAACGAUUAACUGUGAUUGACAGUCGAGUAAAUAAACCCAGACCAUUGUUUUCAA